AUGUCGUACAUGAACUUUGACCCUAAGCCAUUGGGAGACACCAAUAUCUUCAAGCCAAUCAAGAUCGGUAACAAUGAGCUAAAACACAGAGUAGUCAUGCCAGCAUUGACUAGAAUGAGAGCCAUUGCACCAGGAAACAUCCCAAACACUGAAUGGGCCGAGGAAUACUACAGACAACGUUCUCAAUACCCUGGUACCCUUAUUAUCACGGAAGGUACUUUCCCUUCUGCGCAAUCAGGUGGUUACCCAAAUGUGCCAGGUAUCUGGUCCAAAGAGCAAUUGGCUGAAUGGAAAAAGAUCUUCAAUGCAAUCCAUGAGAACAAGUCGUUCGUGUGGGUGCAAUUGUGGGUUCUAGGUAGACAAGCAUGGCCAGAAGUGUUGAAGAAGGAAGGUUUGCGUUACGAUAGUGCUACCGAUGACUUGUACAUGGGUGAAGAAGAAAAAGAGCGUGCCUUAAAGGCUAACAACCCACAGCACGGUAUCACCAAGGAAGAAAUCAAGCAGUACAUCAAGGAGUACGUGGAUGCUGCCAAGAAAGCCAUCGAUGCAGGUGCAGACGGUGUGCAAAUCCAUUCUGCCAACGGUUACUUGUUGAACCAGUUUUUGGACCCUAUUUCUAACAACAGAACCGAUGAGUACGGUGGAUCAAUCGAGAACCGUGCGAGAUUCACUUUGGAAGUGGUUGAUGCCGUUGUAGAUGCAGUUGGUGCCGAAAGAACCUCCAUCAGAUUCUCUCCUUACGGUACUUUUGGUACCAUGUCCGGUGGUGAGAACCCUGGCAUCGUUGCCCAAUAUGCAUACGUCAUUGGUGAGUUGGAAAAGAGAGCUAGAGCUGGCAAGAGAUUGGCCUUCAUCGAUUUGGUCGAGCCUCGUGUGACCGACCCAUUCCUACCAGAAUUCGAGAAGUGGUUCAAGGAAGGUACCAACGAAUUCAUCUACUCUAUCUGGAAGGGUCCAGUUCUCAGAGUUGGUAACUAUGCUUUGGACCCAGAUCAAGCUACUCUAGACUCUAAGAAGCCUAACACUUUGAUCGGUUACGGUAGAUCCUUCAUCGCCAACCCAGACUUGGUGUACCGUUUGGAAAAGGGUUUGCCAUUGAACAAGUAUGAUAGAAACACCUUUUACAAAUUCACUAAGGAAGGUUACACCGAUUACCCAACCUACGAGGAAUCCGUCGCAAAGGGUUACAAGAAAGAGGAAAAGAAGUACUAA